GGGUGGCGCGCGCCUCUCACCAGCUGUCAUACCUGGCAUCGAGGUGGAACCGUUCCUCGCGCGUCUCUGUUUCCACACGGACCAACGGGGUUCACAGACAUGGCCACCUGCGCACGGACUGUGUGGAAAGCUUUAGCGGGAUGUCAGAGGCAGCUGCUGAGAGCCGGCGGUCCCGCCCACGCCGGCCGCUCGCGCGCCGCUCCCACGAAUCCUCCCGUCAGGACUCUAGCGGCUGUCAAGCCACUGAGGAAGGACAAGAAAGAUGACGCAGCGAAGGAGGCGCAGAAGGAAAAGCGCGUCGUCGACGACGCGGGCAGACACAAGCCCUACGGCAGGACGGCGUGGGCGCCUGUGGACGACGUGUACUUCAUGAGGUACUACCCCCGCGCGGUCUACGGCGCCGCGGACGCCAUCAACAUGCUGAAGGGGUUCCAGAAGUUGGACUUCACUCCCGUCAAGCAGCCCGUGUACAUCGACCUGAAGCUGGACAUGAAACUGGAGAAGAAGAGAAGAGUGGAGUCGUUCGUCAGCACGGUGCACCUCCCCCACCCCUUCAGGACGGAGAUGAACAGUGUUCUGGUCUUCACUGAGGAUGCUGAUCAGACUCGAGCUGCGAUGGAGGGCGGGGCCGCGUUCGCCGGGGGGGUCGAGCUCAUGCAGUCGAUCUUGGAUGAGGAGAUUUCUGCCGACUACUACGUGGCGGUGCCGGCGAUUCUGCCCAAACUCGUCCCGCUGAAGAACAAACUGAGGAAGAAGUUCCCAAAGGGCACGAGAGGCUCAGUCAGCGGCGACAUUGCCCAGAUGUUGGCGUUGUUCCAGAAGGGUCACGAGGUCCUGGUGGAGAACGACUGCUACGUCAGGACGCAGAUCGCCACGCUGGACAUGAACGCAGAGCAGAUCCUCAACAACCUGCAGAGAGUCCUCAUGGACGUCUGCUCGCACCGACCCGCCAGCAUGGGACCGUUCAUUGAGCGUGCGAUCAUCGCCAGUCAAACCAGUGAAGCUCUGUGGUUCAGGAGCCAGGACGUCCUGCCAGAGGACAAAUGAAAUGUAAAUUAACUUUGUAGCUCUUUGUUGAAUAAAUGUUUGUUCCGAGUUUG